AUGGCCCCCAUGGAACUGGGGCCAUACCCAGAGCGUGUUGGUGAGCCAGACUGUAGCUAUUACAUGAGGACUGGCAUGUGCAGGUUUGGGAUGACCUGUAAAUUUAAUCACCCAGCAGACAGAAAGCUGGCUGUUGCUGCUGCAAGAAUGAAGGGAGAAUAUCCUCAAAGAAUUGGGCAGCCUGAAUGUCAAUACUAUCUGAAGACUGGCACGUGCAAGUUUGGAGCAACUUGCAAGUUUCACCAUCCCCGAGAAAAGGCUGCAAUGGCAACUCGAGUUCAGUUGAAUGAACUGGGCUACCCACUCCGCCUGAAUGAAAAGGAGUGUGCUUAUUAUUUAAGAACAGGGCAGUGCAAGUUUGGAAGCACAUGUAAGUUUCACCAUCCACAACCAUCCACCAUGAUGGUUGCUGUACGUGGCUCUGUUUAUUCACCUGGACAGUCUGCAACUUCUCCUGGCCAGCAUGCUUACCAAGGGGCUGUAACAAGCUGGCCCUUGUCGAGAUCUGCUUCUUUCAUUGCAAGUCCAAGGUGGCCAGGUCAUUCAAGUUAUGCACAAGUGAUUGUUCCUCCUGGGCUUGUUCAGGUCCCAGGGUGGAGUCCUUAUACUGCGCAGAUUGGUUCUUCAUCCUCGGAUGACCAACAACGGACACCCGGAGCUACCCAAUACUAUACUGGCUCACGCCAGAGUGGAACAGCUGGCAUAGGCGAUCAAGGAAUGUUUUCAUCCUACCAAGCAGGUUCUGUUCCCGUUGGACUUUAUGCAGUACAGAGGGAGAAUGUAUUUCCAGAGAGACCUGACCAACCUGAAUGUCAGUUCUAUAUGAAGACCGGAGACUGUAAGUUUGGUGCUGUAUGCAAGUUCCAUCAUCCCAGGGAGCGAAUAAUUCCUACUCCCAAUUGUGCACUGAGUCCAUUAGGCCUACCUUUGCGCCCGGGAGAGCCAAUAUGCAGUUUCUAUAAUCGCUAUGGCAUGUGCAAGUUUGGUCCAAAUUGCAAAUUCGAUCAUCCAAUGGGAAGUGCUAUGUAUGGCCAUGCUUCAUCACCAACUAGUGAUGCCCCAACUUCUCGGCGUAUGCUGGCACAUGUACCAUCGCAUCCAGAAGUAUCACCUGACAGUGGCUCGGGAAGGUCUAGGAGGAUUGCCCAUUCCGAUUCCCAGCAAAUACCCUCUGUUGAAAGGGGCACUGAGAGAGAGGCGUCCUAA